UCAGUCAUCGAGAGCACUGUCAGAGUGGAGGGACAGCGGGAGAGGCGGAAGCUGACAUUUCAGAUGUCUGUCAGGAUACAAUGUCUUCUGAUGACAUCGAUGUACUGAGUACUUUAGUGAAGGAGCAUCAUGUAGAGAUGGAAAAUAUACAUGAUACAAACCUUACCUGCCUCCUUUACCCAACAAAUAUACUCAACUGCUCCUGGUCAUUUAACACCUUACACCAGGAUACUCAGCUCUUUGUCAACAUCAGCAUCUGUGAUGGUAACAAAUCAGUUCAGUCUCCUGACCUGUCGUCUGAGGAGAAAGUCGGAUCAAGGUCUUUAGCUCUGCAUGAUCACAAGAUGUCACUUUUAAUCCUACACUUCAACUUCACCCUGCACGGCAACUGGACAGUCUACGCCUCCAAAUACGACCUCAACAUGCUAGAGGUCCUGUCUCCACCCCAAAACAUCUCUGCAUCAAUCAAAGAUGGAGGUCUAUUGGUGACAUGGGGUUCGCCCCACUGUAGAGUCGACAACGACCCCUUCUGCUUUGAAUACCAGCUGGACAUGGGUGACCAGGAAACACCUAAAGAGUUCAGUGACCGGCUGUCCUAUAGAGAGCCCAAAGUAGAUCCCUCCUCCACCUACAGAGUGACGAUGAGGACAAGGAAGGGCAACCAAUGUGUGGAAUUUUCUCAAUGGAGUGAAUGGAGCCAUGCUGUCACUGUGGAACAGUCCAAACUCAACAAUCUAGUGAUCGUCUCAAUUUCACUUGGAAUACCCAUGAUCCUCCUGGCUGUGCUGCUGCUGCUGCGCCAUCAGAGGUACUGUUUCUGUCUCCCGCUGAAUAACUAAAGCAUGAUGAUUGGUGUGUGAGACGCACACACUCACAUCUGAACAUCCUCAGAGACUAUUUGAUAUGAUUUGUAUUCUGCUUCAGUUUUCUGUUUCUAAUCUGACAACAGACACUCUGUCCUGUCUUCUAAAUGUGAAACAGUGUCAAACAGACGACAACAACCAUGUUGUAGAGUAAGUAAGAGUAUGGGUGGUUGCGGUCCACACUAAACUUCCUUAACGUUAAGACAGAAACCCCCCGGAGAGACACAGGGGAAAACACAACAUGAAACGCUGAAGAACACUAAGGACGGAUGUGCAUCUUUUCUUCCAAUUUCAUUAUGGCAGUUUCACUUUAGAUGGUCGACUUAUUAAUAUAUUAAUUCAUACAAUGUCAUAAAUGGCAAUGUGUGUACUAAAAUGUGAGUAACACUUUAUAUGUCCAGGUCUAUAUAAUGCAUUAAAAACACACUUCUCAAAUAUCCUACUCAAAACUGUAGUUAUUGCUUUAAGCAAUCAUAAUAACUUUACAUAAUACUUUAUAAUCGCAGGUCACUUACUUUCUUUUUGUGGAAGGAUCAUAGUGUAUUGAAAAUAUCAUAGUUGUAAUCCAUUAGAAUGUUUUUAUAUUACAUUAUAAUGUGAUUUAAAGUGGACCUAUCAUGCUAUAUUUGAAUAAUAUAGUGUAGGACCAUACCUAUAUAAGGCAUAUUUAUACUUUUUUUUUUCAAAAUACCA